GCGACUCGCAGCUCUACCCCCGUCAGGACUCGCACACGACUCGACUGCGCAAAGUUUCCUCCACGGCCAGAUUCGAGAAGUCCAGCCUCGCUUCCAACAGACAGAUCUGCAGUGAGGGUCCAAACAGUCGGUGCAGUGGGAAAAAUAAAAAAAAAUAAAUAAAAAAAAGAGCAACAGCGGCAGAGGGCACCUCAUCAGGGAUGCAGAAGAAAAUCGCGCUCCCCCGAUUGCUGCUGGCGGCCGUGGUUCUCGCCGCCUUCGCCGCCUCCUACCCCACCCAGGCUCUACCGUACAGACUGGCGUACGACGAGCGACGGGCAGCUUGGAAUCCGUAUCAGAUGGAUUAUCCCGACGCCACGCAAGAAUUGCUGGAAAGGCUGGAGAGCAUGGGUCUGAUCAGGGCACCGGAAGACCAGAAGCGAAGCCUCGAUUUGGGCCUGAACCGCGGCUACAGCGGCAGCCAAGCGGCUAAGCACCUCAUGGGUCUCGCGGCCGCCAAUUACGCCGGCGGUCCCGGAAGAAGGCGCCGCUCCGAGUCAGCCGCGUAGACGAUCACCACCACCACCACUUCCGACUCGGCUCUCGCGAACGCUGCUACUCCUUUUCUCGAUUCCACCAAAGACACUCAGCCCGCGUAGGGGACGCACUGCAGACACACCAAUUAUAUACUCACCAGCUGGUGCAUGCCCGUUAUGUUACUUAUUCCAUGUUCUCCUAUU